AUGAAGAAUGUUAAGAGAAUUCAUAUUUCACUGCUUCUUCUGGUAGUACAUUAUUCCUCCGCAGCACAAAGUGACUAUGCCCCGUAUUUCUAUGACAACGGGCCAAACAGCAACAGUGGGAACAUGGCAUUGUUCAGUCUGUCAGAAGAUACGCCGAAGGGAACACAGAUAUAUGUUCUGAAUGGUACUGACCCAGAGGGCCAUCCGGUUAAAUAUGGACUGUCCUUUGAGCCAGGAUCCAAAGAAUAUUUUCGAGUUGAUCCCAAAACCGGAACCGUAACUCUGGUAGAGGAACUUGACAGAGAGGCUCAAGAUGAAAUUGAAAUCUUUGUUAGCAUUUCAGACGGCCUUAAUAAAGUAGUUGAGAAAGUGCGGGUUUUCGUAAUGGAUGCCAAUGAUGAGAGACCACAGUUUCAGAACAUGCCCUCAAUCGUUGACGUGCCAGAGAACACAGUGUCUGGGAGCAGUAUUUACAAAGUGCAGGCGGUGGACAGAGACACGGGAUCAGGGGGGUCCGUCACCUACUUCCUCCAGAGCAACGACCCUAACAGCAAGUUCGCCAUUGACCGACAUAGCGGAGUUCUGCGAAUAAAACCAGGUCAGGUCCUCGACUAUGAGAAAUCCAAGACACACUUCGUCACUGUGGUGGCAAAGGAUGGAGGUGGGAGUUACAAAGGAAGGCAGCAGGUGAUGUCAUCGUCUGCUACCUUAACGAUUAAUGUGAUUGACUUUCAAGACACCCCUCCCAUUUUUGUGGGUACACCUUACUUUGGCUACGUUUAUGAAGUCUCUUCACUGGGGUCUGAAAUAUUCACUGUUUUUGCCAAGGAUGGAGAUGUGGGAAAUCCUAACCCAAUCAUUUAUACAAUUGAAUCAGGUGCAGAUGGUGCCUUCAACAUCAACAAAUCAAGUGGAUGUAUUAAGCUGCUGUCCUACCCGGCCCAUCUAAGGAAAGAAAUAUACACCAUAAAAGUCAAGGCUUCAGAGGUGAAUUCGGAGGGAUACCCCAUGGACUUCGCCCUCACAACCGUCACCAUUCGGGUGGUUGACCUGAACAACCACCCCCCCACCUUCUUUGGAGAUAAUGGGCCGCAGAACAUGUUUGAGUUGACCAUGUAUGAGCAUCCUCCAGAGGGAGAGAUACUGAGGGGCCUGAAGAUUAUGGUUAAUGACUCAGACCAGGGAGCAAAUGCAAAAUUUCACUUGAGACUGGUGGGUCCUGGCCGAAUGUUACGGGUCGUCCCUCAAACGGUUCUUAACGAAGCGCAAGUCACCAUCUUAGUGGAAGACUCUGCUGCAAUAGACUAUGAAAAAUCACAGUUCCUAACAUUUAAGCUUCUUGCGGUAGAAAUCGACACUCCGGAAAGAUUCAGUGCCACUGCUGACAUCGUCAUUCAUCUAUUGGAUACCAAUGAUAACGCUCCCAAAUUCUCCUCGGAUUUUUAUAUCGCACGCAUUCCCGAAAACUCCCCCGGUGGCUCCAACGUCGUGUCUGUCACAGCCACAGAUCCAGACUCAGGCCUUUGGGGUGAAGUCAAAUACUCCAUCUACGGCUCAGGCGCAGACCUGUUUCUCAUCCAGCCCGAUUCUGGAAUCAUCUACACUCAGCCGUGGGCGAGCCUGGACGCCGAAGUGAAGUCCAAAUACAACUUCUACGUGAAGGCCGAGGAUACGGAGGGCAAGUACAGCCUCGCAGAAGUCUUUGUCACCAUCUUAGACCUGAAUGACCAUCCACCAGAGUUCAACAAGGACUUUUUGGAAAAGACGAUGGUCAUUGGGGCACCGGUAAAAAUAGAGGCUGUGGACGAGGACGCAGAAGAACCCAACAACGUCAUCGAGUAUUCUAUCAUGAAAGCAGAUCCGGACAACAUCUUUGACAUCAACGCAGACACGGGAGAAAUCAAACUAAAGCCCUACAUCAAAUCCAUGGACAUCGUACAGAACAUCACCAACCAAAAGGACUGCACCUGGUCUGUGGUGGUCCAGGCCCGGGACAGGGGGUCUCCAUCGUUCAGCACCACCACAGUGGUGAAGAUUGACAUCACGGAAGCGACGCAACUCAGAGGACCUUUGGCGUCCUUUUUAAUGCAAAGUAGGGACAAUCCCAUGCAAAUCCUAGGCUUGAUCGCUGCUGUCAUUGUUAUCAUGGUGUUUGUGACAGUCUUGAUCUCAACGGCUAUGUUCUUACGCAACAAAAAGUCCAACAGGAUUCUACCCUCCCGUCGUAUCAUCCGGAGGAGGCCCAAGCGCCGCAGGCAGUGGAACUUUCAGAACCCUUUCAGACAGCCGAACAACGAAGAAGGGUUCCCCGAGAAAGAACCCAAGGCUCCGACGGUCGAGAACGUCAACUGUAACAACAACAUCGGCGUUAGCCUCUAUCGACCCCCACCGCCACCGCCGUCUGCCCCAGCUGUGCCCAGUUCGUUGUCUUGCCUUCCCAGGCCGGGGGACAGACACUGGAAGACUACUACCGUUCCCGGGUCAACGAAGAGGAAGCCUGUCAGGACCAAAGAGAACCACGUCAACACUGCGCUGGUGUCUGAGCUCAAAAUGAGACUGGAACAGAAAAGAAUGAUGAAUCAGUAUUAG